GUCCUCCUCCUCUCCUCUUCCUCCUGGAACCGUCUUCCCCGCACUCUCUCACUCGGCUUCCAUCAGUCUUCAUGGUUCUGAUCUCACCCCACGCAAUGCAAGCCACCCGGGCGUCCGCCACUGUCAGUGUGGUUUCAGACUGUGGAAUCCCUGCCGGGCUCAGGAUAGGUCCGGUUCCUGGCGUCUUUAAAUUGGGGAAGUACCUGUCAGACCGCAAAGAAGUUGGGCCCAAGAAAAAGAUUCGCUUGGUGCGGGAAGAGUGUGUGGAUGAGUCCGGCUGUCCCGUGUCAGACUGGAUCGGAUGCAUCCGAGCCGCCAGAAACAGUCAAGAACAAAAUCUAGAGGCUGUGUCUGACCUACCUGGCGGACAGAUAUUUUACCGCGUGAUGAGAGAAAUUCCUGCGGGAGAAGAGCUCAGUGUUUGGUACUCUAACGCUUUGGCCCAGUGGUAUGACGUGCCCACGACGGCCACCCCCACUCACGACGAGAAAGGUGAAGAGCGUUACAUCUGUUGGUACUGCUGGAGAAUCUUUAAAUACCCCAACACACUCAAAGCCCACGUCCACUUCCACUGCGCUCUCAGCAACGGGCGCGGGUUCGUGAACAGCGAGCAAAUCAGAGGCACGGAGACCUUCAGCAGGUCACCAAAGUCUGGAGACAUCCCCAACACGUCUUCCUCGCCCAGGAGUUCACAGACCAUCUCCUCCAUCUCCGACUCCAGCAGGAGGCCACUGACCUCACCAUUUUUGGGCAAGGCCGGUCUGCUGAAGAAAAGCAGCUCCGAGGAGCAGGACAGAGCCUUGGACAUGAGCGUCACCUCAUCCCGGAACCAAGGACACAUGCUCGGCCUCGGCGCAGCAUCCUCGAUGCUCACUUCCAUGGGCUUUCACCCAGGUGUCCGUUCCGCAUUCAAGCCAACAGGCGUCGCUAAGGUCCCGAGCGGUGACGCGCAUCGAGAGGACGCCAGCUCCAAGCUGGGCGCAUUGGGAUUCGGCAAAGCCGUGGGGAACAUGAAACCGAUGCGAAACGUGGUGGGCGAGACGCUCAACGGAAGCGGGAAUCCCGCGGCCAAAUGCGCCCCAGGGCUGGUUGACUCUGCCAGCGUGGUGCCAUGUGCCAACGCCAUCAGAGGCUUCCCACUUCUCCCUCACAUAGAGGAAACAUCGGCUUUCAAACACGUCGAGAGUCGAGUGCACGCCGGGCUGUCGCCGUCCCGCUACCCGCACAUGCACCCGGGACUCCACUUUGAAAGGUUCUCCUUGCCCAACUUUGACGGCGUCAAGACUUACGGUGGAGACUGUAAUAUCCCCCUGAUGCCCUUCACCGUUUACAACGGAGAGCUUCUGUACAGUUCGCCCUAUUACCCUCUUAAAUUCCACUUCAGCAAUCUCCUCAAGUACCCGGAGUCCAUGCCUUACUUUGGCGCGCCCUCCCUAAGCCAAGACAUGGGCACAAUCACCAACAUUGACCGGGAAAUAGCCAUGCACACGCAACAGCUCUCCGAAAUCGCGAAUGAGAAGAACCGGACCAGACUCGACCCCUUGCCCGCCGGAAGCACCAGCAACGCCAACUCAGGCAAACCAAAAAAGGGACACUUGUGUCUGUAUUGCGGCAAACUGUACUCCAGGAAAUACGGCCUGAAAAUCCAUAUGAGGACUCACACCGGCUACAAGCCGCUGAAGUGCAAAGUGUGUUUCCGGCCCUUCGGGGACCCAAGCAACCUGAACAAGCACAUUCGACUCCACGCGGAGGGCAACACCCCCUACAGGUGCGACUUCUGCGGCAAAGUUCUGGUGCGGAGGAGAGAUUUGGAAAGGCACGUCAAAUCUAGACAUCCCGGCCAGAGCAUCAAGAAGUUGGAUGACAAAGCGGGCCUGUUCGAGGACGCCGAGCUGAAGAGCGACAACGACAGCGACGUGGACGUCUGCUUCACCGACGACCAAAGUGAGCCCGAAUCCAGCAAGAAUAACGACUGAGACACUCAAACAAACAAACAGACUAACAAACAAACGUCAAUAUUAAUAAAACUGGCUUUGAAUUGUGUACGCCCCACCCGCCCCAAAAGAUUUUAUUUAUACCC